GCACACUGCCUGCACGCGCACACUACCUCUAUCGACCUGCUCCGUCAUUGCUCACUUCCAUUCCAUCACUCCCUCAUCCUGUAAGACGUAUAUAUCACCAAAUAAUUGGACAACCGCCAUUUCACCUCGCCCCUUAGACUGAUAUCCUCCGCCUCUCUGGCCUUCGUGCGAUCCCUCCUACGAGCUUCGAUAACAGGUCUAUUCCUUGUUACUUUGCGCCCUCACUUGCCGCCGCAGCUCCCUACAGCCUCCGUCCAAUUAUAUUCUCGUCGUCCCCUCCAAAAUGGCUACCACCGAAUCGUCUGGCCCAGUCAACGGCAACUAUGCGCCCCAAAGCUACGAGAACAGCUACUCUACCGGCGCCUCCAACUUCACACCCUCGCAGCAACCGACUGCCGGCCAGCCCGCGCAACAAGCAUCUGCCUCUGAGAUCCCCAAGGACGAGGUUGGCUGGUACUUCGUCGAGCAAUACUACACCACCCUCAGCAAGAGCCCCGACCGACUCUAUCUUUUCUACAACAAGCGUUCCCAGUACGUCUCCGGCGUCGAAGAGGACAAGGUCAAUGUCUGUCUCGGCCAGAAGGCUAUCAACGAGCGCAUCAAAGAGCUGGAUUUCAAGGACACCAAAGUCCGCGUUACCAACGUCGACUCGCAGGGCUCCGAUGCCAACAUCGUGAUCCAGGUCAUUGGCGAGAUCUCCAACCAAGGCCAACCCCACAAGCGCUUCGCCCAGACCUUUGUUCUCGCAGAGCAGACGAACGGAUACUUUGUCUUGAACGAUAUCUUCCGUUACCUCGCUGAAGAGCCUGAAGAGGAGGAAGAGGUCCCACAAGAGUCGGUUGCUGCCGCCACCGCCAAUGGCGUUCACGAGCCUGCCCCUACAGCCGCCGCCACCGAGAACGAGUCUCUCAACCGCAGUGAGGAGCUCGCGACAAGCGAGGAGGAUUUGACCAAGGUGGAUCAUAAGCUCGAGGAGGUUGCGCAAGCGGAGCCAUCUGCCAAGGAGGCCUCGCCUGCUGCGCCCAUUGAACAGGUCCCGGAGAAGACUGAGCAGCCUGAAGCUGCAGAAGCGCCAGCAGCUGUUACCGAGAAUGUCCCCAGCAAAGAAUCCGACGCUCCAGCUGCGGAGACUGUCGAGUCUGAGAGGCCCAAGGCACCGGCCCCAACCCCCGCUACAUCCAAGGCUGCUCCCGUCGCGAUGCCAACAGGUCCACCAAAGCCUGCCGCCCCCAGGACCUGGGCCAGUCUUGCCGCCUCCGCACACAAAGUCGCUACCCCAGUUGUCGCCGCUCCAGCCGCUCAACAGGCCCCGGCGCAGCCCAAGGGGGCCUCGUCCACUCAGCCCGCAGCGGCCGCGCCUGCUCAGACUUCAGCGCCUGCGCGCGACCAGUCCCCUGCAACAAGCCAGGGUGAGGCAACAGGCUGGCAAAGCGUUACAGGACACAAGAAGGAGCCAUCCCGCGCCCAGAUCCAAGGACCUCCAGCCGAUGCUGACCAGAAGCGUGCCUACAUCAAGAAUGUCUACAGUCAGGUCGAGGAAGCCGCCCUGAGGACCGCUCUUACCAAGUAUGGUGAGGUCGAGUAUAUCGACAUCAGCCGCCCCAAGAACUGUGCUUUUGUCGAUUUCAAGACACCUGCUGGCUUCCAGGCCGCUAUCGCCGCCAACCCCCAUUCUAUCAACGGUGUCGAGCUCAAGAUUGAGGAGCGCCGUCAGCGUCCUGAGCAGUUCCGUGGCGGCUUCUCUCGCGGUGCUCCCCGUGGCCGUGGAGGCGUCGGCGGACAAGCUCCUCGUGGGGGCUUCCAAGCUCGCGGCCGCGGCGGACCCGUCCGUGGCGGUCGAGGCGCUCCCCAGGACGCAUGAAUGCGGUGAAACUUCUUUUCCUUUUCCGCCAACUCCAUAUUUUCUCUUUCUCACAUGUUUCAACGGGUCGGUUUCGACCCACGUCAUUUCCUAACGACUGACGGCUUUGGCUAUGUACUGUACUCGGCCCUUCA